AUGUCUGCUGCGAAGUUUGACUGUGCUUCCUACAAGCAUUUCGAGCCCGACUUCCACCCUCAGAGGCCCAUCAUCAUUGGCGAGGAAGGCCUCGACUCGCCCGAGACGGUGACUCUCAAGUACGAAGAGGCAGUUGCGCGGGCAAACGGAGACCUUCGGGGCGACUCCCCGCCAGGUGGUCUCCUUCCCAUGUCCCACUACGGGAAACAACAGCCUGGCACAAUCCACGGGUAUGAUGCGACCCGUGGGUAUCAGGAUGCCGCAUACCAGCAAUAUGGUCAGCAGAGCUAUCCUGCCCAGCACGGCGGUGCGGCUCAGCUCACGGCGGCUCAAAUGAACCAGGACGCCUUUGCAGCAAACAGCGCAGUCGGAUCAUACAUGCCGGUGGGCGUGGGUCCGUCGGUGGUGUCCUGUCAACCGAGCUCGGGUAUGGCUGGCACAAAGGUCAUGGUCAAGGUGUCGUCUCCGUACGAUCUGCUCAGCGUGGCGCCCUACUUCUCUCUCGUCUUCGGUGCGCAAAAGGUGUCGGGACAUACCAUCAAGGACGCCCAGGACAGCACCAGCUGCAUGCUGACCAUUUCGGCCGAGGCGCCGCCAUUUGGGGUCACCAGCUGCAACAGCGACAACGUGCCGGUUACGCUGCUGAUUGAAACCGAGAGCGGCGAGGAAGUCUCGAGGACGGCGGCAGGCCAGUUUGUAUAUCACGACGCAGGCCCAGGUGCUAGCUCGGACGACAUCACGAGGAAGGUGUCCAAAUCACCUGAGCAACAACAUCACUCCCCCAGGUCAGCAAGCACCCAGCUCGGCAACGAAGCCAGUACAAAUACCGCCUACGACUUUGCCACGGCUCCGCAUCAGCCGGCGCCCUCUCCCUAUGGAAACAACAACUUUUCGCAAGACAACAGUAACAACGGCAACAUGCUCAGCGCCUAUCGAACAAACUCCUUUGCGGAGCAGCAGCACUACUCUCGUGCGGCGCCGCCGCCGCUCCGGCCACCGAUGCCUGGGUGGCAGGCAUACGGGAGAACGCCGGGCCCGCCCAUCACGCAUACGCAGAUCUCCCGCCCAAGCCUGACGCCGCUGCCCAUGCCGUCGGCGACAACCCCCCAGCUCGUCCGGACCAGCUCCAUCCCCAGCUCGCCCGGCGGAGGACAACAGGCGGGCUACAACCACUGGGGCUCGUAUUCCAACAAGGCGGUGCUGAAGAUUGUCGGGAAGCUCGACAGCAUGGCAGUGGACUGGUCGCCGGAGGAGUGGUCGAACCGGCGUCGCAUUGUCAUGUUCAACAAAAAGCAGUCGGGAUCCACGCUGACGACGUCGUUCCGACCCGUCAACGUCAACGAGCGCCCCCCCAACAGCAUCUGCAUCAGCUGCAUCUGGUGGGCCGAGAAGAACGAAUGCUACGUCACGUCCGUGGACACCAUCUACCUGCUCGAGCAGCUGGUGGUGGCCCCGGCCAGGUUCACGGUCGAGGAGAAGAACCGCAUCCGCCGCAAUCUCGAGGGAUUCCGUCCGUUGACGGUCAGCAAAGCCAAGGCAGACUCGGAGGAGUUCUUCAAGAUCAUCAUGGCGUUCCCGAACCCCAAGCCGAGAAACAUUGAAAAGGACGUCAAGGUCUUCCCGUGGAAGAUCCUCGAGUCGGCGCUGAAGAAGAUCAUUGGCAAAUACAGCGCCAGCCCCUCGUCGACGCUCCCAGCCUCGCACCUCCUGACACCCACGCCCGUCAGCGCGUACCCCCCGCCCCUUCCGACGCCGCCGGCACCGACCGUGGCACAGGACCAUGUCAGCGCGUAUGGUGUCCCGUCACAAGUGCACGCGGAUGGCUUGACCUCACCGAGAUCCAUCACAGGGAGCAACCAGAGCUGGCCGGCUUACUCGACGGGGCCACCGCGCAAUCUCUCGCCGACGCUCACGGCCGUGUCCCCUCGACAGUCUGGACUUCGCCUGGCUGCGCCUCUACCCGCCGUGACAGGCUACGACAACCGGUCGAUGGCGACGCAUUCAUACGGCAGCGGGCUGCACACGCCACUGGGGAACCAUCACACCCCACCCAUGGCCCCUGGACGAUGGGACCCUACCAUCCCGGCCAUGCACGCGCCGACAACAUACGCGGAGCAGUAUCAGUCCAUGAGCUCCCACCAUGCCCCCGGCCAUCAAGUCUACGGUGGUGACGGAUACGGGGAUGGAGCGCAACGGGCGUGA